AUGGAGGACAUCCAUGAUUUUGAUAAAAUAGAUGUGGAGUUGGAUGCGUACUUCAAAAAGAAACAAGUUUCACGAUGCAAAGACAAAUUUAUCAGUACUCUAUGUGAAGAAGACGAUGAUGAGGCAGUAGAUGAUGCUCAAAUUGGAAUCAAUAAAGAAGACUCAGACGAAGAUUAUCGGGAAGGUAGUAAUGAGGAAGAUAGUGAUGAGGAAGCUGAGUAUUCCACCCACAACCAAAAUGUGAAAUGGAAUAAAAUGAGACCAAUGCUUGGUGAAAGGCCUAGGUUGGAACCUGAAUUACUUAAUUGGUCAAGAACUAAAAGAGGAUCUAGUGGUGGUGGAGGAAGAAAUAAAGAUGAAAAGAAGAUGGGUGCUAAAGGGAUUAAUGAGGAGGGAAUGGAUGAGAAAAGGAUUGUUAAUGGAGGGAUGCAUGAGGAAGUGAUGGAUGGUGAGGGAGCACUACCUAUCACACAACAAUUGAAUCAGGUUGGAAUAAGGCCUGCAAAGAGGAGAAAAGUGAAUCAAGUCAAAAGGAGGAAGCCUUAA